ACCCACCGAAGAGCAAGCCCUCCGUCUUCAGUCUUCGGCAGCCACAAAAAGGAAAUCAAAAUCAUUCCCAAUCCUAAAACCCCCUCUCAUGCUUCUUCUCUCAGUUUCCAUUUCUCUAAAUCAUAAACUAUAAACAGUUGAACACUUGCUCAAAGUCUUGUCUUUUUUCUAGCUCUCUUUUUACCCUUUUUUUAAUUUGAAACAGCUGUUUCGGAGAAUUAUGCAGCCUUGUAGCCGUGAGAUGCAAGCAAUGAACUCCCUCUUAAACCCGACUCAGCAAAUCCAUCUCCAAGACCUUCAAGUCAACGGCAACGGCAACAGUCACCAGCAGAUGCAAAACCCAGACUUGGAUCCCACAUCAUCCCAAGAUGACUUCUUGGAACAGAUGCUCUCUAUUCUCCCUUCUUGCCCAUGGUCCGACCUCAAGUCACCUUGGGACCCCCCAAAAUCCGAUGAAACCGGAGCUUCUAAUCCCGACGAUAAUGUCGGCUUCCAUUACGAUAAGAUUCUGGCAUCCAAGUUUAGACAACAUCAAAUCAACGGCGGUGGUGGAGGAGGAGGAGGAGGAGGGUCGACUAUGCCCUUGUCUUUGGAUGGUAGAUCUGCUGCCGGGUCUCAUCAUCAGAGUGGAGAGGGUUCAAUGCAAAAUUUGUACAAUGGUUUUAGUCCUGGAUCUUUGCAUGGGACCAAUCAAUCUCAGCAUUUUCACCAUCCUCAGACACCAAACCUUGGAGUUGGAGCAAAGGCCGGAACAGAAAUGAACCAAACUCAGGCAAGUGGUUCGACGACCGGAGCUACUCCGGCUCAACCCAAACAGAGAGUCAGGGCAAAAAGAGGUCAAGCUACCGACCCCCACAGUAUCGCUGAAAGAUUACGCAGAGAGAGAAUUGCAGAGAGAAUGAAAGCUCUUCAAGAAUUGGUUCCCAAUGCCAAUAAGACAGAUAAAGCUUCAAUGCUUGAUGAGAUAAUAGAUUAUGUCAAAUUCCUCCAGCUCCAAGUCAAGGUUCUGAGUAUGAGCAGAUUGGGAGGCGCCGGUGCCGGUGCCGUUGCUCCCCCUGUUGCUGAUAAGCCUUCUGAGGGAGGAGGCGAUUGUGUUCAGACGACCGCUAACGGUGGUGGGUCCCUUCAGCGGAAUUCUAACGGCAAUCAAUUAACGGUGACGGAGCACCAAGUGGCCAAACUUAUGGAAGAGGACAUGGGCUCCGCCAUGCUGUACUUGCAAGGGAAGGGUCUGUGCCUCAUGCCCAUUUCCCUCGCCACCGCCAUCUCCACCGCUACGUGUCAUUCCAGGAAUCCUAUGAUCAGCAAUGCGAGCCCAAGUAAAGGCGGCGACGGCAACCAUCCUUUACUUCAAUCCAACGGGGAAGGGCCUUCCUCGCCUAACAUGUCUGUGUUAACUGUCCACUCAGCUACUAGGGGUAACGGCGGUUUCGACGGUUCCGUUAAAGAUGCUACCUCCGUUUCCGAGCCGUGAUGACGGCGUUGACUUACUAAGAGAACAAAAAGUAAAAAAGGCAGCUUUAAGCCAAAGCCUAGCAGCUAACCUGACCAACUCCAACAAGAAAUAAAAGGAAGAAGAGGAUCAACCCAAUCCUCAGAACAACUUG